AUGGCUGCCGCUCCUGCACCUAUCCCUCAGCUCACAAAGAGCAAGCCGGAGGGUAUCGAUCUCUACGCUCGCUUCGCUUUAGCCGGUGCGCUGGGUUGCUCCGUCACCCACAGUGCCUUCACACCGGUCGAUGUUGUCAAGACUAAAAUCCAGCUCGAUCCUACUACAUACAACCGUGGCAUGAUUGGUAGUUUUCGCCAGGUCGUCCGCAAUGAAGGCAUUAGCGCUCUCGCAACGGGCUUCGGCCCGACGUUCGCGGGCUAUUUCAUGCAAGGCGCCUUUAAGUUCGGCGGAUACGAAUUUUUCCAGCAAAAAACCAUCGAUGCUCUCGGUGCGGAAAAGGCUAAACAAAAUCGCACAGCUGUUUACAUUGUUUCCGCUGGUUGCGCUGAGUUCUUCGCCUCGAUCGCGCUGUGUCCCCUAGAAGCGACACGUAUCCGCCUUGUCUCGACACCCGGCUUUGCUAAUGGUUUGAUUGGCGGUUUUGGAAAGAUUCUGAAGAAUGAGGGCAUUGGCGCCUUUUAUUCUGGCUUUGGCCCUAUCCUCUUCAAGCAGGUUCCUUACACGAUAACCAAGUUUGUUGCCUUUGAGAAAGUUUCCGAGGCCAUCCUGAGCCAGUUUGACAAGUCCCAAAUGUCUGCUGGUACUUCGACCGCUGUGAACUUGGGAUCUGGUCUUAUUAGCGGUUUCGCGGCUGCUAUCGUGUCCCAGCCCGCCGACACCAUGCUUUCUAAGAUCAACAAGACGAAAGGUCUGCCUGGUGAGAGCACUGUUUCUCGGCUAAUCAAGAUCGCUGGGGAGCUCGGUCUGCGUGGAUCUUUCGCUGGUCUCCCGACGCGUCUGUUCAUGGUCGGUGGCCUCACUGCGGGCCAAUUCGCUAUCUACGGCGAUAUCAAGAAGUUCCUCGGCGCUACAAAGUAG